AUGACCGAUAUCACACCCGUACAGAACGACGUGGAUGUUAACAUUAGUAAUGUCAAUGGCGACGUUUCCAGUAAUCUAAAAAGACACAUAGAUCAGGUUCAGGGUGAGAACGGGAAUUCUUCAAAUGGUCUUGCAGAGGAUAAGACCCCCGUCAACGAUGAGCUGAAUACCAAAAAGGUCAAGCUGAAUGGAGGUGCCUUCACCACCGCGCCUGUUCAGCUUGAAGAAAACGGUACGGUAGAAGAUUCCACGUUGGCGGCUAACGAAGAAAAUGCAUACAACGCCACCGGAGUCAGCGCGAAAGAGGAACAGCAGGGGCUGAAGAAGAAAGAAGAAGGGGAACAAGGUGGCGAACAGGGGAAUUUCUUUUCAAACGAAGAAUUAAAACAAGAACUUCCGAAAGAGGCUCCAAAGGAGCCUGCUCCGGCUCCUCCCCCGGAGCCAGAUAUGAAUAAUCUUCCUCAGAAUCCAAUUCCGAAGCAUCAACAGAAACAUGCAUUGUUAGCUGUCAAAGCCGUAAAGCGCUUAAAGGAUGCAAGGCCCUUCUUGCAACCGGUUGAUCCGGUGAAGUUGGACAUUCCAUUUUACUUUAACUACGUUAAGAGACCAAUGGAUCUUUCUACAAUAGAGAGGAAGUUAAACGUCGGCGCUUAUGAAUUUCCAGAGCAAAUCACCGAAGAUUUUAAUCUCAUGGUUAACAACAGUAUUAGAUUCAACGGUCCAAAUGCAGGCAUAUCACAGAUGGCAAGAAACAUACAGGCUUCUUUCGAAAAACAUAUGCUGAAUAUGCCUGCCAAGGACGCCGCUCCUGUAGUGGCUAAGGGGCGUCGGUCCAGUGCCCAAGAAGACGCUCCAAUUGUAAUUAGACGAGCUCAAACUCAUAAUGGAAGGCCAAAAAGAACUAUACACCCACCAAAAUCAAAGGACAUCUAUCCGUAUGAAUCGAAGAAACCCAAGUCUAAACGGCUGCAGCAAGCGAUGAAAUUUUGUCAGAAUAUACUCAAAGAAUUAGUGGCUAAAAGGCAUGCUUCCUAUAAUUACCCAUUUUUGGAACCAGUGGACCCAGUGUCUAUGAAUUUGCCCACUUAUUUUGACUAUGUUAAGGAGCCCAUGGAUUUAGGGACAAUCGCUAAGAAAUUGAAUGAUUGGGAGUAUCAAACAAUGGAAGAUUUUGAAAGGGACGUUAGGCUAGUAUUCAAAAACUGCUACAAGUUUAAUCCAGAUGGCACGAUCGUUAAUAUGAUGGGUCAUCGUUUAGAGGAAGUUUUCAAUUCCAAAUGGGCCGACAGACCUAACUUGGAUGAAUACGAUUCCGAUGAAGAUUCGAGAAAUCAAGGCGACUACGAAGAUUAUGAAUCCGAAUAUUCAGAGUCCGACAUCGAUGAAACCAUAAUAACGAACCCAGCUAUCCAAUACUUGGAAGAACAACUGGCAAGAAUGAAAGUAGAAUUGCAACAGUUGAAAAAGCAAGAACUGGAGAAAAUAAGAAAGGAAAGGCGGUUGGCACGUGGAUCUAAGAAACGUGGUAAGAGAUCCAAGGGAAGGAGUGGAUCUAAGAGCGCAUCUUCUCAUGGCAGGCGGGAUAAGAAGAAUAAACUAAAGACUGUCGUGACUUACGAUAUGAAACGUAUUAUCACCGAAAGGAUCAAUGAUUUACCAACUUCAAAGUUGGAAAGAGCUAUCGACAUAAUCAAAAAAUCUAUGCCCAAUAUUUCUGAAGACGACGAAGUGGAGCUAGAUCUUGACACUCUGGAUAACCAUACUAUCUUAACGCUGUACAACACUUUCUUUAGACAAUAUGAAAGCUCCUCCGGCACCUCCAACGGGCUAGAUGGCCCCUCUGGCAUUACUCGAGAUACUUCAUCUUUAUCACCUACAAGUGCAGGCAGCAGGAAAAGAAGAUCUAAAGCAUUAAGCCAAGAAGAACAAAGUAAACAGAUAGAAAAAAUCAAAAAUAAACUGGCUAUCUUAGACAGUGCCUCUCCUUUGAGUCAAAACGGCUCGCCUAGACAAGCUCAAAGCACCGCACACAACGGAUUUUCGUCCUCUUCAGAUGAUGAUGUUAGUAGUGAAAGUGAAGAAGAGUAA